AUGGACGCCAUCGAGUACGAUCCGAUCACACAUCUGAACGCCCUCUUUGGCCAUCCGUCGACCCUGGACCAAGCUGCUGCCGUGUCACAGCAGCUACACAAACAGCAGAAUGACCUUCAUCAACACGUGCGCCGCAUGGUCGCGCGACAAGCAGAGAGCGAUGCCGACAGCGUGCGGCGAAUCACGCAAGCAAAAGAAGAGCUGGGCCAUGUCUUUGGUCGCAUUGAGCGAGUGCGCGCAAGAGCGCUGCACACCGAGAGAGCCAUCACCGACAUGACGGCCGACAUCAAGCGUCUCGACCAGACCAAAAGGAACCUGACUCUGUCCAUGACCGCUCUCAAGCGCUUGCAGAUGCUGACAACGGCAUACGAGCAGCUGCGUCUGCUUGCCUCGACCCGCCAAUACCGCGACUGUGCCCACCUAGUCUCGGCCGUCGUCCAACUCAUGGCCCACUUCAAGACAUACCGCAGCAUCCACCAGAUUGCUCAACUCAGCCAAAACGUCGCCGACCUGCAGCGUCAGUUGCUGGACCAGAUCUCGGAAGACUUUGAGCUCGCCUUUGCUAGAGAAUCCGUUGCUUCCAGCCGCAACAUGCUGGCCGAUGCCUGUCAUGUCAUGGAUGCUCUGGGCGACCAUGCCCGCGCUCGUUUGACCACUUGGUACUGCAACACCAUGUUGCGUGAGUAUCGUCAAGUCUUCCGUUCUUCCGACGAGGCUGCCUCGCUCGAUAACAUAUCCCGUCGCUAUUCGUGGUUCAACCGUAUGAUCAAAACACAUGACUCCGACCAUGCUUCCCUGUUCCCUUCCUCCUGGCGCGUUGGUGACAUGCUGGCAAACGCCUUCUGCGAAACCACUCGUGAGGACUACAAGCAAAUCUUACAACGAUCCAUGCGCCGUGCAGACGGCCAGCCACCCGAUGUCAACCUACUACUCUCAUGCUUGCAAGAGACACUCGACUUUGAGCACUCCCUCGAGCGUCGUUUCUCUUCUGCCGAGUCUCGUUCUUCGCUAGACACACUUGACGACAAGCCUCGUGCUUUCAGUCAGGCCAUCUCUGAAGCCUUCGAACCAUAUCUUAGUAUAUGGGUCGAGUCACAGGACAAGCAGCUGGCUCUGCUCAUCCCAAAGUACCGCCAGCAACCCAUCCGAAACGAGGAAGACGAGUUCCAUGCCCAUACUGUUAUGCCCUCUUCCACUGAGCUCUUCCACUCUUAUCGCAUCACGUUUGCCCAAUGCGCAAAACUCUCGACCGGCUCCCGACUCCUGGAUCUGUCAAAAACCUUUGCCAAAUAUCUCGACGUCUACUGUCAGCAAGUCUUGUUCCACGCUUUGUCCGAGCGAUCGGCAUCCAUCGAGGAUAUAGUCACUGUUUUGAACACCGCAGACUAUUGCUAUCAGACUACCAAUCAGCUAGAGGAGCGCAUAAAAUCGCGUGUAGACUCUGAGCUGCGUGCUCAAAUCGAUUUGCAGUCUCAAGCCGACUCUUUUAUGGGUAUCGCCUCAGCCUCUGUAAAAGCCCUGGUGAGGAGGGUUGAACUAGACUGCGAUGCGCCGUGGAGAGAGAUGCGCAAUGUCCCUUGGAGCAAGAUGGACAAUGUCGGUGACCAGAGUCCAUAUGUUGCUCCAUUGGUGCAGCGUGUCAAGGAGAAAACAUCCGAAGUACUCAAUUACCUGCAAAAGCAGCACUACGCUCGCGCAUUCUGUGAUAACCUAGUCGACGCCCUUGCCAGUUCAAUUCUGACUAACUUGGUAGUCUGUCGGCCCAUAUCAGAGACUGGUGCCGAACAGAUGUUGCUCGACUCUUACGUUUUGAAGAAGGCGUUCACCGAGCUGUCUACAGUCAACGCCGAAGCGGGCACUACACCGAAUCCCAACUUCGUCAGGCGAGUUAACCAGAGUAUGGCCAAGCUAGACCCCCUGUUGAAAACGUUACAAGUACGCGCCUCGCCGCCCGAAGGAUUGGUCCAGGCAUACCUGAUACACAUGCAAGAUCGCUCCGAGCCAAACUUCCGCAAAAUACUCGAACUCAAGGGCAUUACCCGUAAACAAGAACAAGCUCAUCUGACAGAGCUGUUCAAUGCACACAAGGCGUCACCGGCGAAUGAAACCUUGCAGCUGUCCAACCCUUUGAUCGCCAACAUCUCGCUGCAAGCGGCAGGUGCGACCGUGCCAGGUAUCGCCGCUCUCAAGGAUAGCGCCGCGUCACACUCUGCACCGGCUUUGGCAGGAACAACCGCCCGUUUUGACCCUUCCACGUUCGGUUCUGCCCUCAUGAACGCCGCUCGUGAUGGCGUUGACCGGUUUGGUUCACCAGCCCUAGGUGGUACAGCGUCGGCCACAAACGCCAGUAGAGCAACCAGUCCGCCACCGGUGGGCGCUCUGGGACUAAAUGCCGAGAGCGCCCAUGCUAGUAUCAACGAAAAUCUCAAGAAUAUCGGCAAGUUCUUCCGUCGUGAUGUUAGCAGCUUUGGAGGAUUUGGAAAAAAAGAGGAAGGAAGGAGGAGCAUGGAGAAGAGAUAG